AGAGGAGCAACUGCUGAUCCAGUCAAUGUGAAGUGAAAUGUUAGAUUUAGGAAAGUGGACGAGGGGAGAGCUUAUACUUUUAGAGAUGUGGCAUUAAUCUUUGGACUUUUUUGGACCAUGUUACUCUGCGUGUUGAAAGGGAUGACGUGGAAAAUAAACGCUUGUGGGAUCAAUACCACCAAAUCAAUUUUACAGGGGGCGGUAUCUUUGACUAGUAUAAAGCCUAUGUUUUUUUUUUUUCCUCAAAUCAUGCCACGUUUGAGAUUACGCCUGUUGUGAGCUGAGCUGUCAUCCUCCUCUUCACAAACACAGCUGCUGCUGCUGCUGCUGCAUUGAGAGGACCGACAGAAAACUUAGUAAAAGUCCUCUUGUCAUUUGUGCGUCUUGCUGCUGUCCGCCCCGGCAGAGCAGCAUGCGGGACUGACGUGUGAGGAAUGGCAUCGGCUGUGUUUGAAGGCACGUCGCUGGUCAACAUGUUUGUGCGGGACUGCUGGGUCAACGGGAUCCGCAGACUCAUCAUCAGCCAGCGGGGAGAGGAAGAGGACUUUUUCGAGAUCAGGACCGAGUGGUCUGACAGGAAUAUUUUGUACUUGCACCGGAGUUAUUCGGACCUGGGACGGCUUUUCAAAAGACUUGCGGAGUCCUUUCCUGAAGACAGGAGAGAUCUGUCCAAGUGUCCGCUGAUAGAAGGGCUGGUGAAAAUCAAAGAGGCAAACGACAUCGAGGAGAAAUUGAACGAGGUGGAGAGCUUGCUGAAGAAUGCGAUCAACAUGCCCUUCAAGUUUUCCAGGUCAGAGGUCAUGUUGACUUUCUUCGAGCGAUCACCGCUGGACCAGGUGCUGAGGAAUGACAAAGUCCACAGAAUCCAGCCCUGCUUUGAGAGUCCCAUCAAGAUAUCAGAAAUCAUGCGGUCCAACGGAUUCUGUCUGGCCAACACGGAAACAAUCGUAUUUGAUCACAGCCUGCCUGAAGAAAAAGAGAGACCCUCAUCUACUGACUCUGUGGAGCAUACGUAUGAUGAUGGAUUGGAGUUUCUGCCGUUGGAAGCAGACGACUGUGAUGAGGAAACAGAAGCGUAUGUCACCAACCUUUCCUACUACCACCUGGUCCCUUUUGAAACGGACAUCCUGGAAUGAAGAACGGACGCCUUGUCGACGGACAUUCGAGGAGUAUUACAGAAACUCUUAAAUGGGUCCUGCGCUGUGCAACGCUGUGCAUAGCUGCUCCACAUGUACGCUGCUACUGCUCGUCCCAGCAACCUCAGGAGGAGUUUUCUGCCACUUUGAGCAACAUCACCGGUGUGCCUCGCUCAGAGCUUAAUGUUUCAAAAAAAAAAAAAAAAAGAA